AGAAACCAUGCUGCUGGUUUCACCCACGGCAACGUUACAUUUGAAAAGCUGACGGUCGUCACCAAGGACCGAUCAAGGACUGAUCAAGGACCGAUCAAGGAAGAUGACUGGUGUUGUCCUUAUUCGACUAUUUUCUCUUGGCCCGACUUGGGAUUAAACAUCACAUUUAAAGACAGCAACCUCAUCUUCAUUGCUGUUGGCGAGUCAGCAGUGACGUCCGUGUGUCGAAAUGUUUGAAUGACAUUUGAAUUGGAAUACAAGCAACCAUCAUCUGGCUGAACCACCAUGGCUCCCGACUACAUUACAUGGGAACAGGUUUGAUUCUACAAAGACAAUAACUGCCAUCGGAUCGGCCAUGACAUCCCAGGGUCCACAGCAACGGGGGCAUCUCCUUGCUAGCUUGUUCCCCUGCUGCUUCAAGAGCGACGAGCAACCGGAAAUCACGUACUACCACGAUGCCGCCAGCACCGCAGCUCUGGAACCCACCUUGCCAAUGCCGCCGUCUGAAGAAUUGGACGCCAUGUUCACUGAGCUGGUGGAUGAACUGGACCUCACGGAGGAGCACAGAGCUGCCAUGUUUGCUUUGCCAGCAGAGAAAAAAUGGAAGCUGUACUGGAGUAAGAAGAUGGAAGCAGAAGAGAACCGGAAUGCCACCAGCUGGCCAGAAUAUUAUAUUGACCAGCUUCAUUCCAUGGCUGCUAGAAAGACCCUCUUGGUUUUGGAGGAUGAGGAAGAUCUGGGAAGACAAAAGGUGGUAGAAGGUCUGAAGACAGCUCUGAGGACUCAGCCUAUGAGAUUCGUAACAAGGUUCAUGGACUUAGAUGGCUUAUCCUGUAUCCUGGACUUUCUCAAGUCCAUGGACUACGAGACGGCUGAGUCCCAGAUCCACACGUCGCUGAUCGGAUGCAUGAAGGCUCUGAUGAACAAUUCCCAGGGCAGAGCUCACGUCUUGGAGCACAGCGAGAGCAUCAACAUCAUUGCACAAAGUCUCAGCACUGAAAACAUGAAGACCAAGGUUGCUGUCUUAGAGAUCCUGGGGGCGGUGUGCCUGGUGCCUGGGGGCCAUAAGAAAGUCCUCGAGGCCAUGCUGCACUACCAGACCUUUGCCUCAGAGAGAACACGCUUUCAGACCCUCGUGACAGACUUGGACAGAUCCACAGGCCGCUACAGGGAUGAAGUCAGUCUGAAGACGGCCAUCAUGUCCUUAAUCAAUGCGCUGCUCAGCCAAGGACCAGGCGAGGCCAGUAUGGAGUUCCGUACGCACUUGCGGUACGAGUUCCUGAUGUUGGGCAUUCAGCCGGUUAUUGAUAAACUUCGCCGCCAUGAUAACGCUACCUUGGACAGACAUCUGGACUUCUUUGAAAUGUUGAGGAACGAGGACGAGCUUCUUCUGUCCAAGCGCUUCGAUCUUGUUCACGUCGAAACCAAAAGCGCCAGCCAGAUGUUUGAGCUCAUCAGGAAACGACUAAACCACACAGAAGCGUAUCCUCACCUGCUCUCCGCUCUGCAGCAUUGCCUCAUGAUGCCGUUUAAACAAAACAGGACCACCGUUCAGUACUGGGUGCUGUUGGACCGGAUCGUUCAGCAGAUGGUUCUACAGACGGACAAAGGAGAAAAUCCAGAUGUUGCUCCCCUGGAAAACUUCAACGUUAAAAACAUUGUUAGCAUGCUGGUCAAGGAAAAUGAAGUCAAGCAAUGGAAAGACCAAGCAGAUUCCAUGAGGAAAGAUCACCAGGAGCUGAAGCAGCGUUUUGAAAAGAAAGAAAGGGAAUGUGAGACCAGGAAUAAGGAGAAAGAAGACAUGCUGGCCAUGCUCAACAAGCUGAAGGACAAACUGGAGCGAGAGAGCAACGACCACAAACAAGCCAAACAACAACUGGCGGAAAUGUCCGCUCGGCUGCAGCACAUCAGCUCCACAGUCCAAGUUCCUGGAGGCCCUCCCGUGACUCCUGGAAGUGUGGUUCCUCCUGUUCCUCCGUCAGUGCUGCCCCCGCCUCCCCCUCCACCGGGGGCCCCUCCAGCUUUUGGCAUGGCCCCAUUUGCACCACCUCCUCCUCCUCCUCCUCCACCGGGGGCUCCUCUAGGAAGUACCAAGCAGAAGAAUAUUCCCCGGUCGUCAAAUCCACUCAAGUCAUUUAACUGGAGCAAAAUACCCGAGAGCAAAAUUGAAGGCACCAUUUGGACGGAAAUUGACGAUCUGAAGGUCUUCCAAGUUGUUGAUCUGGAUGAAUUUCAGCGGACCUUCUCAGCCUACCAGAGGCCACAGAAAGAAAGCGUAGAUGAUGCUGCCGCCGCCAGGAGAGUGAAGGAGCUUUCCGUCAUCGAUGGUCGUAGAGCACAGAACUGCAACAUUCUACUGUCAAGACUUAAACUGACCAACGAGGAAAUUCGCUCCGCGGUCCUGUCCAUGGAUGCACAGGAAGAUCUGCCGAAGGACAUGCUGGAGCAGCUCCUGAAGUUUGUUCCGGAGAAGAGCGACAUCGAGCUGUUGGAGGACCACAAGCAUGAACUGGAGCGUAUGGCCAAACCGGACCGCUUCCUGUAUGACAUGAGCAGAAUCAACCACUACCAACAAAGACUUUUGUCUCUUGACUUUAAGAAGAAGUUUGCUGAAAGAGUCGCCGACAUCAAACCCAAAAUCCAAGCUCUAUGUCUUGCAUCCAGGGAGGUCACGAGGAGCGGACGUCUCCGUCAACUGUUGGAGGUGGUUCUAGCCUUUGGGAACUACAUGAACAAAGGGCAGCGAGGAAAUGCUUACGGAUUUAAAGUCUCUAGUCUGAACAAGAUCGCUGACACCAAGUCAAGUAUCGACAAGAACGUCACUCUGCUCAACUACAUUGUUACUGUCCUGGAAAAGACGUUUCCCACGGUGGUGGCCCUCAGCCAAGACUUGCAAAAUGUGCCGGUGGCUGCUAAAGUGAAUAUGGCGGAGUUGGAGAAAGACGUCAACAAUCUAAGAUCUGGCAUCAAAAGCGUUGAAGCUGAACUGGAGUACCAGCAGGCUCAGCCCUCCUUGGGUCCUGAUGAUACCUUCGUUCCCGUGGUCAGGCAGUUCAUCACCGUGGCGUCCUUCAGCUUCUCCGAUGUUGAAGAGUCGUUUGGGGAAGCCAAGGAACUGCUCGGCAAAGCAUUCCGACAUUUUGGAGAAGACGUGUCCAAGCUUCAGCCUGAGGAAUUCUUUGGCAUCUUCGACGCUUUCCUCUCCGCGUUUUCAGAGGCCAAGCAGGCCAACGAAGACAUCGCCAGACGAAAAGAGGAAGAGGAAAAACGGGCACUGCUGGAGGAAAAGAUGAAGAAGGACCGGGAGCAGAAGGCUAAGAAAGCUCAAAUUAACGUGGACGCAGAGGAGGGCGGUGAAUUCGAUGAUUUGGUGUCCGCCCUUCGCUCCGGGGCGGUAUUCGAUAAGGACCUUUCCAAAAUGAUUCGCAAAAAACAUCGGCGGCCAGAAACCUCUGACAGCCGUGAGAGACCAUCGGCAAAACUACAUCAGUGAUCACGGAGGACUCCAUCGCCGCAAUCACAGCAACGCAUCACCACCUUUCCCCGCCAUUCUUCCACAACCUUCAGGACCAUAAAUUUCAUUUCUGAUCAAAAUUUCUCCUCCAGGAAUAAAAAAUUUUUUGGUACUGUGCCUGGGACGAUAUCGAAUAAAGAACUCAAUCACA